UUGGGGCGGGGGGAGGGGAUGGGGCAACGGCCUUGCCCUUGCUCGGCCCCCUCGCCAGCUCCAUUGUGUCUGGCCCGGGACGGGGGUCCGGGGUUCCGGGUGCGGAACCUCCCGCCGCCCGGCCCGGGAGAAGGGAAGACUUUCCCGGCGCUCUUCUCCCUCCCCCCGCGCCCAGCUCCAACACCCCUCAGAUCUCCCAGGCAGUUGUGCUUGAGGCGGGACCUGAGCCUACAAAUCCAAAUGAAUGCCUGCCUGUUCCAGGUUGUCCUUUCAAAACUUGUUGCACAUUCUUCACAUAUCUACAAAACAAGUUGAAAUCAUCGCAGAAGGAUAAAGUUCGUCAGUUUAUGAUCUUCACACAAUCUAGUGAAAAAACAGCAGUAAGUUGUCUGUCUCAGAAUGACUGGAAGUUAGAUGUUGCAACAGACAAUUUUUUCCAAAAUCCUGAACUUUAUAUACGAGAGAGUGUAAAAGGAUCGUUGGACAGAAAGAAAUUAGAACAACUAUACAAUAGAUACAAAGAUCCUCAAGAUGAAAACAAAAUUGGAAUAGAUGGUAUACAGCAGUUCUGUGAUGACCUGGCACUCGAUCCAGCCAGCAUUAGUGUGUUGAUCAUUGCGUGGAAGUUUAGAGCAGCAACACAGUGUGAAUUCUCCAAACAGGAGUUCAUGGAUGGCAUGACAGAAUUAGGAUGUGACAGCAUAGAAAAACUAAAGGCCCAGAUACCCAAGAUGGAACAAGAAUUGAAAGAACCAGGACGAUUUAAGGAUUUUUACCAGUUUACUUUUAAUUUUGCAAAGAAUCCAGGACAAAAAGGAUUAGAUCUAGAAAUGGCCAUUGCCUACUGGAAUUUAGUGCUUAAUGGAAGAUUUAAAUUCUUAGACUUAUGGAAUAAAUUUUUGUUGGAACAUCAUAAACGAUCAAUACCAAAAGAUACCUGGAAUCUUCUUUUAGACUUCAGUACAAUGAUUGCAGAUGACAUGUCUAAUUAUGAUGAAGAAGGAGCAUGGCCUGUUCUUAUUGAUGACUUUGUGGAAUUUGCACGCCCUCAAAUUGCUGGGACAAAAAGUACAACAGUGUAGCACUAAAGGAACCUUCUAGAAUGUACAUAGUCUGUACAAUAAAUACAAUGGAAAAUUGCACAGUCAAUUUCUGCUGGCUGGACUGAACUGAAGAUCAAUCCUCACAAUUCAGGCUGAGGGUUGAGACAAAACUUUAAGGAUACAUCUUGGACCAUGUCGUAUUUCAUUCUUCUGAUGGUGGUUUGGGCUUGUCUUCUAGUCUGGGCCGCUCUAAACAUUUAUAAUUCCAACAUUGUGGAGUUCAUCAUAUAUAUGUGGACCAUCCUAGUUUAUUCUUCCAUAAGUCUUAGAAGCUUUAUGGUGAUUAUUUUGAGGUUUCCAUUCUCGCAUAAAGCACAAUGCUGUCUUCAUCAGAAAACAGUUUGGCAUAAGAAUUAAACAUAUGAACAUCACAAACAAUUUAUAAAAACUUCUUAAAUAUAUGCUUUGGGCUAGUUGCAAAGACUAUGCUGAUAGCACUUCCAAUAAGAGUGAUAUAUUUAAGUGUACCAGAUCUGAAAUGGUGUUUUGGUUUUGGAGGAUUUGUUUUUUCCUUGGCAAAUCACAUGUAUUAUUGACGUGUGUAGAGUAUCUGAUGAAAAUAACUGAUGUGAAAAAUUUUUAGGAUAAUUUGGUGCCUACCGAAAUUGUGCUUCAGACCCUCGAUUUCAAAAAGGUUCUACAGAACUAGUCUGCACUUACCCUACCCAUGUUUUUAUAUAUAGAUGUUCUACAGGGAGCUUUUAUUUAGAAAAUGCCCGCAUAAUGGUAGACUCUGUUCUUUUCUACAUUAUGCAUUACAUAAUUGGAUUUCAUUAUGAUUUUGAAAUGCUUAUACGCCUGUCAGAUAAGUUAAGGUAUUUAAUUUGUUUUGAAUGUUUUAGAUUGCUACACAAUACAAUAUUCUAAAUCAGGCAUGAGGGUUAUUUUUUGUUUUGAGUUUUUUUGGUCAUCGCCCUAUAAAAACAAAUGAAAUUCCCUUAAUUUAUAAGAAGAUAGUAGGAAUUAAAUUUUAGAAAUGGUUGUGAUGAGCCAUGAAGUUCAAUCUUUAUAAUACAGGUACUGCUCUUUGAGACAAGUAGUCCAUUUUUGAUGACUUCUAAUUUUGUUGAAAUUGCUUUAACUGCUAAUCACUGUGGUUGCCAAAUAUUUACUUUAGGAGCAAAGAUUUUUAGGCAAGCAUACCCUUGGUGCAAAAUACCAAUCUGGCUUCUAUUUUCGUAAAUUAUUUAAGUCUCUCUACUGUUUUUGUUUCACUCAGAUUAACUCAGUUUUCACAUCAAAGCAGAAUGUUAUCUUGUAUGUAUUUUCUUCAUUACAAGACCCAUGAAUUACUUUCAUGCUGAAAAUGCUCAUUUCUUUAUUCACUUAACACGUGAAGAAUGGGUUAUUGCUUUCUUAAACAUUUCCGUAAGUCCAGUUAAAAAACGUAAAACUUCAAUGUUGCAUGACUAUGGUCUGUGAUAGGAAUAGAUGUUGCUUGGUAUAUCCGGGAACACUCUAACAUCUAGUGUUGGAAUUAGCAAAGGAAUAUACCUUAGAAUAGCAGUACAUUUUAUGCAGAUGCGGAAAUGAUUUUAAGAAACAAUGACAUAUUAAAACUGCUUUUUACCUACAUGAUUUUGAAAUUGACUAGAAGGUUAUCUCCAUAAAUAUUAAUAUUCCAACCAUACCUUUAAUUCAAGAAGAAUGCAAUUCUACAAAAGAAAAAUUUAAACAUCUCUAUUCAAGUUACUAGAAUUUGGUUAUUAAAAAAAAAUGGAAGAGAAAGAAAAAAAGUAGAAGAAUCCUGCUGCUUUCAGUAUUCCUGAUUUCAUUUUUGUAAUACAAAGAACUUCAAUUAUGAAAAAUUUAAAAAGUGUGUAUAUGUAUACAUAUAUGUAUUUAUACACACACUACUGUUUUCUGUCUUAAUUUCGAGUUAUAAUAUUGUUUUCUGAAUGAUUAAUUAACAUAUUCUGUGUUUUGAAAUGAGAUCCCAUUAGUUUUUUUUUCCCCAAUAUAAAUUGUUUUUCGUAAAAGUUUGAUAUUGGUUCAUGGCUUAGUGCCUUGGGGUUUUAAAGAUUUUUCCUUUUAAAUGCAAGACCUUUUCAACAAAAUAGUGUUUGUCAUCAGUUUGGUACUAAACAUUUAUAAUUACUGUGUAAUUAUAAACCAAAAUACCUAAAGCUUUGAAUAUAAUUAUGUAGCAUAAGGUUGUUCACUCUAUGAUGGCAUCUUAGAAUUAAAACUAUUACUAGGGCUGAAAACAGAAGACUAAUUUAAUGUGAUGUGAUUAUUCUGAGGGUAAAUGCCUGGUUACAGGGAAUAUUUUGUACUAAAAAUGCUUACACAUGGCUGUGUGUGUGUGUGAGUAUGUGUGUGUGUCUGUGAGAGAGAGAGAGAGACACACACACAUACAACUUGAAUUGCUUUAAUUCAUAAGUGCUUCAGCCUUCAUUCUGGUAAACUUCCCAUGCUGAUUUCUUUGUUUUAAACUGAACCACAGGUACAGUUUCUUUUGCCAAAUGUCAAAACAGGUACACAUUUUUAAAUGUAAUGCUUUUUUAAUAGAAAAUGUAUUAAAUUAGAAGUGCCCACAUAUACUUGAGAUCAAGAUUAUCCUUAGUGAAUUUCAUCUGCAUAUUUCUGUAAGUUCAAUUGUGUUUCUUUCAACCCCUGUCAUAUUACCAACAGAGGCAAUAAAAGCUUCAGUGAAAUUGCCAUGACUAAAUCUUUUCACAUAUUAUUUCAGCGUAUUAUUUUUUAAAGACUAAAAUAUACAUGAAAACUUUUCAAGGAAGAAUAAUUAUUCAUGGAAAGAGCAUUGAAGUGGCAAGUUUUGGGGAGAAAAGACAUGCCAAGUUCUUGUUUACUACAUUUAACAUGUUUACAACUAUACUGGGCUGCUUUAUUUAAUGAACAAUACUGUAGUUGUAUAAUAUGGCAUUGUAAGUGUAUGCUCUUCAUUAGACUUUUUAAAAAAGUUUUAAUGAGAGAAAGUAAACAAUAAAAUAACAGGGAAAAUCUUUUAUAUACUAUCCUUACUGGGGAAUUCUUAUUUAAGCAAGGUAUAUAGUUUUUUUUUUUCCUCUCAAAGAUUUAAGUGAAUGAAGUGGUCAUUUAUUUUUUAUUUGAUAAUCAGGUUUGAGUAGGUUGUAGUUAGAUUAAUGUGCACUUUGCUUAUGUAUUGUAAAACUUUUGUAACUUACAUAUGAAUGAAGAAAGUUAAACUUGAAAGGAUUUUGGAAGAAGAAAAGGAAAGUGGUGGUGGGGAAAUUUUAAUUAUGGUUCACAAAGUAUGCCUUUGUAAAGAUGAAUCGAUUUUAACAAGAAGUAAUUUAUGUAGCUCUCAGUGUUUAAUUGUGUAUAUUUAAUAGAAAUACUUACUUGGCACUUCAGUAGCUUUCUUUAAAUGCUAUCUUAUACUUUCAAUAAUGAUUUAUAUUAAAUACUUAGAUGUUUUGAUAAGAUUUUAUCAAAGUUGAUAAUGUAAUGACAAAAUGUUUUUAAAAUGUGAUUUAACAUAUAUCUUAAUAACUGAGGAUACAAUACCUGAUUUAUGAUUUCUACAUAAUGUGAUGAUUAGGGUUCAAAUUAUGACUCAUUUAAUUGACUAUAAACAUGAUUAUAUUUCUGAACUCUAUUGCCUCCAUUUUUACAGUCAUAAUACAGCAAUAGUUUCUAUUUUUAUUUCAUAGAAAUGUGUUGAGGUUACAUAUCAUGAUACUUUCACCUUUGAUUUCUGAUGGGAGAAUGUUUAUAUUUUGUAUUUAAGAUAAAUUUGAAAACUCCUAAAACUCCCUUUGCCAAGUUCAUUCUUACUAUUGGUUGUCAUUUUGGUUGAACAGUUGCUUGAUUUGUACCUGAUUCUUGAGGCAGAUAAUGCUAAUUAAAAACAGUGGCUCCUAAUACAGUUA